AUGGCCUUUAGUAAGGGCUUUCGAAUUUACCAUAAGUUGGAUCCACCCCCCUACAGUGUCAUUGUGGAGACCAGGGGCAGAGAAGAAUGCCUGAUGUUUGAGUCGGGAGCUGUGGCUGUUUUGUCUGCAGCAGAGAAAGACGCAGUUAAAAAUUCUUUUACUAAGAUCCAGGAUGCAUAUGGAAUUUUGGGUGUCCUCCGAUUAAACCUUGGCGACUCCAUGCUCCACAGUCUGGUGGUGGUUUCUGGCUGCAGCUCAGUGGGGAAAGUCCAGGACUCUGAGGUUUUUCGAGUCACACAAACUGACUUCAUCUCUCUCAACAAUGACCCGGCCGAUGAGGAACGCAUUGCAGAGGUGCGAAAAGUCCUUAACUCUGGACAUUUCUAUUUUGCCUGGUCCGCCACCGGAGUCAGCAUGGACCUGAGCUUGAAUGCACAUCGCAGAAUCUUGGAGGAUACCACAGAUAACCGCUUUUUCUGGAACCAGUCACUGCAUCUGCAUCUAAAGCACUAUGGAGUAAACUGUGACGACUGGCUGUUGAGGCUCAUGUGUGGAGGAGUGGAGAUCAGGACCAUAUAUGCAGGCCACAAACAGGCCAAGGCUUGUAUCUUCUCUCGCCUCAGCUCUGAGAGGGCCGGCACGCGCUUCAAUGUGAGAGGAACCAACGAUGAUGGACAAGUCGCCAACUUUGUGGAAACUGAACAGGCAAUUUUUCUGGACGACAAAGUAUCAUCCUUCAUUCAAAUCCGUGGAUCUAUUCCACUUUUUUGGGAACAACCUGGAAUUCAGGUCGGUUCUCAUCGAGUCAAACUGUCUCGAGGAUUUGAGGCAAACGCACCAGCUUUUGAAAGACAUUUCACUGCCCUUCGAAGUCUAUAUGGCAAACAGGUCAUAAUUAACCUGCUGGGGAGUAAAGAGGGAGAGCACAUGCUGAGUAAAGCUUUCCAGAGCCAUUUGAAAGCCUCUGAGCAUGCUUCGGCUGUGAAAAUGGUGAACUUUGACUAUCAUCAAAAUGUCAGAGGAGGAAAAGCAGACAAACUCCACAGCGUCCUCAAACCACAACUUGUCAAAUUUUUUGAGGAUUGCGGCUUCUUUUACUACUCUGCCGAGACCGGGAUCGUGAGGUCUCAGAGUGGCACAAUGAGAACAAACUGUCUGGAUUGUUUGGACCGAACCAACAGUGUCCAGGCUUUCUUUGGUCUUGAGAUGUUACCAAAGCAGCUUGAGGAAAUGGGUCUCACUGAAAAGCCACAGCUGGUUGCCAGAUUUCAGGAAGUAUUCAGGACAAUGUGGUCCCAAAACGGGGACUUUGUCAGUAAAAUCUACGCAGGCACCGGAGCAUUGGACGGCAAGGCCAAGGCCGGAAAGCUGAAAGACGGCGCUCGCUCAGUCACCAGGACAAUUCAGAAUAACUUCUUUGACACGUCGAAACAGGAGGCCAUAGACAUCCUCCGACUGGGCUCUACUCUCAACAGUGAUCUGGCUGACAAAGCUCGAGCACUACUCACAACCUCCAGUCUUUAUGCGUCCCCUAGAGUUUUGUUGGGGAUGUGUCAGAGCUACCAGAAGUACACCCAACCAAAGAAGAUCCGAGUGUGCGUGGGCACCUGGAACGUGAACGGCGGUAAACAGUUCCGUAGCAUCGCAUUUCGCAACCAGACGCUCAAUGACUGGCUCCUGGAUGCUCCAUUGAAGGCGGGACUUCCUGACUUCCAAGACAGCAAGGCUAACCCCAUAGACAUUUUUGCCAUUGGCUUUGAGGAAAUGGUUGAACUGAAUGCAGGGAACAUUGUCAGUGCCAGUACUACAAAUCAAAAGCUGUGGGCGGCUGAGCUACAGAAGAACAUUUCCCGGGACCAUAAGUACGUUCUGCUGGCCUCGGAGCAGCUGGUGGGAGUGUGUCUCUUUGUUUUCAUCCGCCCACAACAUGCCCCUUACAUCAGGGAUGUUGCCGUUGACACUGUAAAAACUGGAAUGGGGGGGGCCACAGGUAAUAAAGGAGGAGUGGCCAUCCGCCUGUUGUUUCACACCACCAGCAUCUGCUUCCUCUGCUCCCACUUCGCCGCCGGACAAUCACAGGUUAAAGAGAGGAACGACGACUACAAUGAAAUCUCACGCAAACUCAGCUUCCCCAUGGGACGGUUGCUGGACUCGCACGAUUACGUCUUCUGGUGCGGAGACUUUAACUAUCGCAUCAGUCUACCCAACGAAGAGGUCAAAGAGCUCAUCAAGCAGCAGAACUGGGGCGCUCUGACAGCAGGGGACCAGCUGGUUGAACAGAAGAGUGCAGGACUGGUUUUUAAAGAGUUUAUUGAGGGCGAAUUGGAUUUUGCCCCAACCUACAAGUACGACCUUUUCUCUGAGGAUUAUGACACUAGUGAAAAGUGCCGCACACCAGCCUGGACUGACCGCAUUCUGUGGAAGAGACGGAAGUGGAACUUUGACCAAACCGCUGAAGAGAUGAAUAUUGUAGGAGCAGCAUCCAUUUCAGCAGAAUGUGAAGAUGAUCCAGAUCAACCCUGGAGCCCCGGGACUCUCAAAUACUACGGCAGAGCAGAGCUGAAGACCUCCGAUCAUAGGCCUGUGGUAGCAGUGAUAGACGUGGAAAUCCUGGAGGUGGACCCCGAAGCCCGACACCAGGUUUACAAAGACGUCAUUGCCCUUCAAGGCCCUCCAGACGGCACCAUCCUGGUCUCGCUCUGCUCCUCGGGCCCUGACGACUACUUCGACGACGCUCUCAUCGACGAAUUGCUGGACAAGUUUGCUAAUUUUGGCGAGGUCAUCCUGAUCAGAUUUGUGGAGGAGAAGAUGUGGGUGACAUUCCUGGAAGGUUACUCCGCACUUGCAGCCCUCUCUCUCAGCGCUUCCACUGUCAUAGGUAAAGUGAUUGAUAUUCGUCUGAAGAGCCCGGGGUGGAUCAAGAGUCUGGAGGACGAGAUGAGUGUAGAGAGGAUCUGUGGCAGUAUUCCCACCUCCGCCAGCUCCACUCUGCUCGCCGAGGACACGGACAUGGGAGACGACGAGUUUGACAUGGAAGGUGAAGUGGAUGAGGAAGUGGAGCAGAUUCUUCCUCAGCACCUGCAGCCCGGAGCAGGUGUUGGCCUCGGUUCAUCCCCUCUGCCUUCCCCUCGCGGCAGCCCCUGUCCCUCCCCCACCGGAGAGACGCCUCCCCCCAACCGGCCGACCCGUGGAGCCCAGCCUGCCAGACCCUCACAAGAUUUAUGUCCGUCGCAAAUACCCAGGAGACUGUCAGAUGUGGGCCUUUCGACCAACAGGAGGCUGUCAGACUCACCAAAUCUAAACAGGAGACUCUCAGGUCCUCCUGUGGACUUCCAGCCUGGAGCGCCUACAGCUGGUGCUCUGGAGCCAAAACGUGCCCCUCCCCCACGACCCAACGCUCCUCCAGCUCGCCCUGCACCUCCUCAGCGCCCACCUCCUCCUUCAGGAAGGGGUCAGACAGCAGCAGGAGCACCUGGGCCUUCCAGACCUAAUAUCCCUGCGCGGGCUGGGGUGAUCAGUAUGCCUCCACAGUCCCGGCCGCCGCCUCCUUCUCAUCCAGGAGCUCCCAGACCCAUUCCUGAGGUUCAUCCCGGGGCACCGCGGCCCAUUCCAGACACCCACCCUGGAGCACCGAGACCAGUGCCUACUGCCCAGCCUAAGCAGCCUGAUCUGCCUCCAGGUCCCCAUCCUAGUGGCCCUCCACCAGCAGGAGUUCCUCUUCCAGGGCCUGUUGCUCCAGCGAGACCCUCUGCCACCUCCAUGCCCCCCCCUUUACGCCCACCUCAACAAGCUGCCGCAGCCCCUUCCCCAGCAGGACCCACACAAGGCCUGUCCUCCCCCAAACCUCCCCCACGCUCCCGCUCACAGCAGGCCCUGCCACCGGACAAGUCGGACGCAGCUCCGUCUUCACAGACCAAUGGGCUGAACGGAAUCCAAAGAGAAGCACAAUGGAAGCCUGAUCCCUUCGACGCCCUCACAUCUGAGUUCCUCUCCUCUUCUUCCUCACAGUGGCAGAACACACAGUCCCUGACCCGGGGCUCGUCUCUGCGCUGCCCUCCACCGGUCCCUUCGUCCAACACGCUCCCGUCCUCCUUCUCCCUGCAGUCCAGCGUCAGCAACCACUUCGAGUCCUCCUCCUCUUCCUCCUCUCUCUCCACACCCUCUCCCCUCACGUCCUUGUUGCUGCCGCCUCCUCCCAUCUCCUCGCGCAGCCGCUCGCAGGAAACCCUACGCGCCUCUAUACCUGCCGACCCGCUUCCGGCACGCCCCAGUAGCACCAACCCCUUCACCGGGCCCCUAGUUUGGCAACACGAACCUCAACGAUCGGUCACUCCGGAUUUCAGUGUCCAGACUAUGUCUGCGUUCACCCAGCCACUAGUACCAACUCCUGCAUUAGCGCCGCAGUUUAAAAAAUCUGCUUCUUUAUUUGGUCCAGUGUUAAAUCCAUCUCCUGCUCCAUUAAUUCCAUUUGACUCUACACCACUAGCCCCUUGUUUGCCUCUGGCUCCAGCCGUUUCCCUCCCCCUCCCACUCGCGCCCUCUCGCCACUCGCACCAGUCGAUCGCUCCAAAAUCAAAGCAGUGGGUCACGUUCGAUGACGAGUCAGCGUUUUCGGCCAAAGCGGCACCUCAAGCCCCAGUGUUCCCCACGAGCUUGCAAACUGCACCUUCUUCCCAGUCAGUUUUUGACUCUGAGCCAGACUGGUUAUCCUCAACUCCUUCAGUAUUCCCAAAUCUCCCGCCUCCUGCUAUUCCAGCCAGAACUGCAGCCAGCGUUCAGAACCUCCCAGACGGCACCAGUGAUGGGCUCUUCUUCUCCCGAGAGCCCACAGAGCGAUAG